AUGCCCAACGAUGAUGCAUUCAGCAAGCCCUCCGCACCGGCGGAGGCCCCCCACGCCCCCGGCGCACCACCGCAGGGCAAGGCCGGGGGCUUCGCCAAAGCGAGCGGGCAGCUACUCGGAACCUCGAGCUCCGGAGGCGGGGGCAGCGGCGGUGGCGGCUCAGGGGCAUCUGGUCUGGGCGCGGGGAGCAAGAAGUCCCCACGGCUUCCCAAGUGCGCUCGAUGCAGGAACCACGGCUACGCAUCGCCACUCAAGGGCCACAAGCGCUUUUGCAUGUGGCGCGACUGCCAGUGCAAGAAGUGCAACCUUAUCGCGGAAAGACAGCGCGUGAUGGCCGCGCAGGUGGCCCUGAGAAGGCAGCAGGCCCAGGAGGAGGAACUGGGGAUCAGCCACCCCAUCCCGCUGCCCACUGCGGCUGAGCUGCUUGUCAAGAGAGAGAACAGCGGCAGCAACCCAUGCCUGAUGACUGAGAGCAGCAGCUCCUCGCAGCCACCGCCACCGGUGAGCACUCCCACCACCACCACAGUGUCAGAUGGACGUAUGGUUGUCCAGGAUAUUCCUGCUGUCACCAGCAGAGGGCACGUGGAGAACACACCUGAUUUGGUGUCAGACUCCGCCUACUACAGCAGCUUUUAUCAGCCAUCUCUGUUUCCUUACUACAACAAUCUGUACAACUACCCACAGUACUCCAUGGCCUUGACUGCUGAUUCCUCUUCCGGGGAUGUGGGAAACCCCCUUGGGGGAUCCCCGGUGAAGAACAGCCUUCGGAGCCUCCCAGCACCUUAUGUACCUGGUCAGGCUGGAAACCAGUGGCAGAUGAAAACCUCGGACAACCGCCAUGCCAUGAGUUCCCAGUACAGGAUGCAUUCUUACUACCCGCCUCCCUCCUACCUGGGCCAGAGCGUGCCCCAGAUCUUCACUUUUGAGGAUGGCCCUGCUUACCCGGAAGCCAAAGCAAGUGUAUUCUCGCCGCCCAGCAGUCAAGAUUCUGGCUUGGUUUCCCUCUCCAGCAGCUCUCCUAUUAGUACCGAGAGCACAAAGGGAGUGCUUGAAUGUGAAUCGGCCUCAGAGCCCAGCAGCUUCACGGUUACUCCCGUCAUCGAGGAGGAUGAGUAA